AUGGUAACAGUACCGGUAUCGUCCCAGCGAGAAAAAGUGGAGAGACGAGACAUGAGAGAAGCAGCUGGCUCAGUUCUGAUUCAGUCCAAAUCACAUUUAGGCGGCGCCAACCAGAGCCGGGAUAAGGGGAGCUUUGUGGCCUGCAUGACUGCCACACUGAGGCAGAUGGACGACUAUCAUUACACUCAUCUGAUCAGCACCUUUGGGAAGAUACGGAGCGACGUGGUGGACUUCCUGAUGGAAACGUUUAUCAUGUUUAAAGAUCUCAUUGGGAAAAACGUCUACCCCUCAGACUGGAUCAUCAUGAACAUGAUGCAAAAUAAAGUUUUCCUUCAGGCUAUUAGUCAGUAUGCAGCGGUGCUCAACAAGAAAUUUCUGGAUCAAACCAACUUUGAGCUUCAGUUGUGGAACAACUACUUCCACUUGGCUGUGGCCUUCCUCACCCAGGAGUCGCUGCAGCUGGAGAACUUCUCCAGCGACAAAAGAGCCAAGAUCUUCCACAGGUACCAGGACAUGAGAAGACAGAUUGGCUUCGAAAUCAGGGAUAUGUGGUACAAUCUCGGACCCCACAAGAUUAAAUUCAUCCCCGAGAUGGUGGGCCCAAUUCUGGAGAUGACCCUAGUUCCUGAGAUAGAGUUGAGAAAGGCCACCAUCCCCAUCUUCUUCGACAUGAUGCAGUGCGAGUUCCACUUCACAUGCAGUUUUCAACGGUUUGAGAACGAGAUCAUCACCAAGCUGGAUCACGAGGUGGAGGGGGGCCGCGGAGAUGAGCAGUACAAAGUUCUCUUUCAGAAAAUUUUGCUGGAGCAUUGCCGUAAGCACAAGUACCUGGCCAGGACGGGCGAGAACUUUGUCACCCUGGUGGUGCGUCUGCUGGAAAGGCUGCUGGACUACAGAACCAUCAUGCAUGAUGAGAACAAGGAAAACCGGAUGAGCUGCACUGUCAACGUUUUGAACUUUUACAAGGAGAUAGACAGAGAAGAAAUGUACAUCAGGUACCUGUACAAGCUGUGCGACCUCCACAGAGAAUGUGACAACUACACAGAGGCUGCCUACACUCUGCUGCUACACGCAAAACUGCUGAAGUGGUCAGACGAGCAAUGUGCAGCCCACCUGACCCAGAGAGACGGUUACCAGGCCACAACUCAAGGACAGCUUAAGGACCAGCUCUACCAAGAGAUUAUUAAUUACUUUGACAAGGGCAAGAUGUGGGAAGAGGCAAUCAUUUUGAGCAAGGAACUGGCUGAACAGUAUGAGAAUGAAAUGUUUGACUUUGAGCAGCUCAGUGCAUCUUUGCGGAAACGGGCCCAGUUCUAUGAGAACAUAGUUAAGGUCAUCCGGCCCAAACCUGACUACUUUGCUGUUGGCUAUUAUGGAAAUGGAUUCCCUUCCUUCCUACGUAACAAAAUGUUCAUCUAUCGUGGGAAGGAGUACGAACGCAGAGAGGAUUUUGAAGCACGACUCCUCACACAGUUUCCCAACGCAGAGAAGAUGAAGACGACCACACCGCCCAGCGAAGACACAAAGUGCUCCUCUGGCCAAUAUAUCCAAUGUUUCACAGUCAAACCUGUCCUGAACCUGCCUGCCAAGUUUCAAAACAAGCCUGUGUCUGAACAAAUUGUCAGCUUCUACACAGUAAAUGAAGUCCAUAAAUUCCAGUAUUCCAGGCCGGUGAGGAAGGGAGAGAAGGACCCUGACAACGAGUUUUCGAACAUGUGGAUCGAGAGGACCUCUUACUCAACAGCGUACAAGCUUCCUGGCAUCCUGCGCUGGUUUGAAGUCAAGUCAGUCUCCACAGAGGAAAUUAGUCCACUCGAAAAUGCCAUGGAGACGAUGCAGCUAACCAAUGAGAAGAUCAGCAGCAUAGUGCAGCGACAUCUCAAUGAUCCCAACCUUCCAAUCAACCCCCUCUCCAUGCUGCUAAAUGGGAUUGUGGACCCAGCUGUCAUGGGAGGUUUUACCAACUAUGAGAAGGCCUUCUUCAACGAUAAGUACAUGCAGGAGCACCCAGACGACCUCGAGAAGAUAGAGAAACUGAAAGACCUUAUUGCCUGGCAGAUCCCUCAUCUUGCUGAAGGUGUUCGCAUUCAUGGUGAGAAGGUCACAGAGGCGCUGAGGCCUUUCCAUGACCGCUUAGAGGCGUGCUUCAAGCAGCUUCGGGAGAAGGUGGAGAAGCAGUAUGGGGUAAAGAGUCUGCCGACAGCAGAUGAGCGACGGGGAACUCGUCCUACCUCCAUGGUGCGCUCCUUCACCAUGCCCUCCUCCCAGAGGCCUCUGUCAGUAGCCUCAGUCAGCUCCAUCUCCUCUGACACCUCCCCCUCCAGGCCUGGCUCCGACGGUUUUGCCCUGGAGCCGCUGCUACCAAAGAAGCUGCACACCAAGUCUCAGGACAAACUGGACCGGGACGAGCCUGAGAAAGAGCGCAAAGAGAAGAAAAAGGAGAAGAGGAACAGCAAGCACCAGGAGAUUUUUGACAAAGAGAUGAAGACUACGGAGAUCCCUCUGCAGCCGGCCGAGGCUGUCAUACUCUCAGAGACGAUCAGCCCUCUGAGGCCUCAGAGACCAAGGAGUCAAGUUCUCAACCAGCUGGGCGGAGACCGUCGCCUCUCCGUGUCUCCUGGGCCGUCUUGUUCCAGCGUCUCCUCCUCCUCACCCGGACCCCCACCCAUCACGCCCCGGAGCAAAGCCUCCUUCAGCCUGCAGGCUGUUUCCAGUCUGGAGCUGAACGGGAUGGGCUGCCCCGACAAGGGUGAGACCCCUCCUCCGCUGCCGGUGAAAGGCAGCACGGCUGAUUACGGCAACCUGCUAGAUAAUCAAGACUUGACGAGUCCCUCGACGCCUCCGCCGCCCCCAACGCAUCAAAGACACAUUCCACCUCCUCUGCCCAGCAAGACCCCUCCUCCUCCUCCACCCAAGACGACCAGGAAACAGGCCUCCAUCGAUUCAGGAAUUGUACAGUAA